GACGCCGGCCUCUCCGCCGCGGAACCGUCCCGCGCGGCUGCGGCUGCGGCCCGGAGCCGAACGGCGGCGGACCCGCACCGACCCCGGUGCAGCCCCGGCCCGGACCCGCUCGGCCCGCCAUGGCCCGGGACCCGGCCUUCGUGCUGCGCUACCUGGCCGAGGUGGAGGAGCUGGCCGAGGACGUGCUGGCGGCACGGCAGCAGAUCGUGGACCUGGACGUGAAGCGCAACCGCAACCGCGAGGCCCUGCGAGCGCUGCAUAAGGACCUGGAGCCCGACGACAAGGCCAUGGUUUGCUUCGGGAACAUGUUCAUCGAGCUGCCGAAGGCAAAGACCCGGGAGAUGCUGCGACAGGACCAGGAAGAACUGGAUGAGGAGAUAAACAACCUCCGGAAAGAACUGCGGGUGAAGGUCAACCGGCUCUAUGAAGCUCAAGGUAAACCUGAGCUGAAGGGGUUUAACCUGAAUCCCAUGUCUGCUGAGGAAAUGAAGCUCAUCAACCGCAUCCUGGAGGGCUGAGGUGGCCGUGCCAUUGUCACAGCGUGUUUGGCUGUCACUGUGGGCUCCUGUUUCAAUAGCCACAGUCUUUGGGAUUUGCAGGACAUUGGUGUGUCCAGAGCCCACCCAGGUGAGGGCCCUGGGAAUCAUUGACUCCUCAGCUACAACUCUGCAGUUUUGUGGAUCACAAACCCUUUGCUGCUCUGUGCUGGACCUUGGGUGGCAGAGCUGUGCUGGGGGUUGGAAAGGCUGGGGUAGAAGUGAGAUCAUUAAAAUUAGAGCAGUGGGACAUUCUUGACUCCAUGUGUAUGUUCCUUGUUGGGGCUUUAUGUGAACACUUCUGGGGUUUGGCUUCAGAGCUGCUCUUUUGUCACACUGGGAACAGGAGUAGGAGGGAUUGGGAAUCCUCUACAUGCCUGAAGCACAGAAGAGGAGUUGUGCACGCCCAUGGCAUUCAAACAAAGCAAAGCUGUACAUCUGAGGCACGUCAGGAAUCUCUAAGGAUGUCUAGGGAGGAGCAGGAGGAGGCAGCAUCCCUUUAGUCUUGCUGGGAAAAUGUUUCACUGUUGGAAGGCAAGACACUACUAGAAAUGAGGCUUUCAGGACUAGAUGAAGGGAUAAAACUUGGGUAUGUUUUAAAAAGCAGCCUGAGGAGGCCUGAGCAGGAAUAGUCCCUGAGUUUGUCUUGUAGUAAAAGGACAAUUGAUCCAGUAGUAGUUUCUACAAAGGUUUUUAAAUUUGCUGUUUUCUGCACUCCUCCCUCUGAAUGUGCUCCCCCAAGUGCUUAACUCGGUCAAGAGCAUAAAAUAUUUUAAAAAUUAGUGAUAAUUAGUACAUGACUACAGUGAGUUAGAUUUUUUUCUGUGUACAGGGAAGUGUCUGGGUCCAGCCAAACCCUUAAUUUUUGAACUUCUGUAGAGAUAUUUCUGGAUAGAGUUUCAGAACUGUAAAUGUGGCUGUUGUCCUUUCUCCAGCCCUGAGGCUGCACACCUGUUCUGCCAAAUCUUACAACAGAGCAACAGAGCUGGGUCUGGUUCCUGGGCCAGGUCCCUUGCUCUCUUUCCUUUUUCCCAGCCAUGAUAACAUCAAACACAGCACCACCAUUUCCCUGGCUCCCUGACCACCUUCCAACUUAGCAAGGCCUUCUCCUACCCUGGCCAGUUCUAAACACGCUUCAAAUAACACAGAGUUCCAAAAAAUACCCUGUAUCUGACCCCUUAAAACCAAGUUUCUUUAAACUGAAAAACCUAACUACCAUUGCUUGGUCUAACUUUUAAAAUCCUGCUGCUGGCAUUACAUACCCUAAAUGUGUCUCUGUCCACUUCAGGCUUACAUUUCAGAUACACAGACUAAAAAUAACAGACUUACUGCCUGAGCUGUCUUGCCUGCAGCUUUUUCAGAAGCUUGCCUGUCUCCUGGGAGCAAGAGGCAGCUCACAGUGCCACAUCCCAGUGUUGGAGCUGCUCUUACAUAACCUAUGUGGUGCAGCCAGUCCGUGUCUCUGUAAUGUGAUGGCAUGGUUAUUUUUACAGUCUCAUGGCAACAGGUUUUCUGCUCUGACAUGUUUCCAUAGUAGUAGCAAGGAGGAGGAUCAGGUGCCUGCCUGCCCUAAAAGCUUUGUUUUGCUGUGCAGAAUGUGUUUAGCCCCUUUGUUUUCUUACAUAGAACAGAACUAAGCUCUGCAGUGCAGAGGGCCAGCUGAGCAGCCAAGCUUCCCUGUGUCAGCUAAAAUACCUCAUUCCAGCCCACUGCAGCUUCCAAACUGGGAAACUCUCAGAAGCAAGGGAGCCAGUGCCUUGUGCUGAGCCAGUGAUGUCCAGAGAAAAGUGGGAGCUGCUGCUGCCCAACACGAGGGGAGAGCUUCUCCCACCCCACGCUUAGGAUCAGCACCACACUUUCUGCUCUGCAGCAAGACUCCUGAAAAGCUGCUUCAUUUGUUUUUUCCUAGGACACAGCAGCCACAAUGAAAACAUUAACAGGCAAGUUACACAGCACCUUCCUACCUAUAAAGGCAAGGUGAUGUUUCACUUUCAGCUGAGGCUCUACUCAUGUGUUGUUUGUUAGAAUCCACAGCCAGAGAUGAUGGUAGACACCCUGAGGUGUGCAUGGCAAAAGGUAUGAUGUGUGUCAGCCUCACCAAGUAUGGAGAAUCCAAGUACUGCUUCCCAUCAGUAAAAUACACAACUAGCUUCAGGAAAGUGCCAAUAAACAGUCACCACAGAGACUGCAGAAAGUAAUUUUUGGGAAACAUUUGGUUUUUGGUCUCCUAAUUCCAUAAGAGCUCAAACACCCAUUCUUGUUCCCCAGUAAAGAUGUGUGUUUCCCUUCUGUGCCAACAGCUUCAGGACCAAGCAGGACACCUGCCAGCCCUGGAUGAAUUCUGUACCUAAAGGUAUGUUUGCCAUGAUGUUGUCAUUCACCAGAACACCCAGAUCUCCCCCUCUGCUGACAGGCCUGUCAUUCCAGACCAGGUCAAAGCCUCCAACAUGCUGCUCCCUCCCUGUCAGCCUAUGUCAUCAACCUCAUGGACCGAAGUACCUGAGCAAUGACAAUUCCCCAGCUGCAUGCAGGAAUCAACUCCCAGACAACAAGAGACACAGAUGAACAGCUGAAAGCAGAGGACAUCUCUCUGCUAUUAAUAUCUGGAGUUAGCACAGUUGUGUAGUCAAUGACAAAAUACUGCAAGACCAGCUGCUGGGAACAGAGCACUCCAGCAGCAGCAUGAGUGGGAGGCACAGUGCACAAGGACCUCUGACAGAGAGCUCUUGUGCAAGUCCUGGCUCCAACACGGGCUCCAGUCCCUUGGCAGCCCCAUGCUGCCUUGUUUUCCCACUCUGAAGGGGCAAUAAGCUUCCUUACUUUACUCUGCUUCUGGAUAUUCAUCAUUUAAUCACUAUGAAGGUUAGAGGAUUGUGAUCAGUUGCCAAGAAAAUAAUGAAACCAGACCAUCCAUCCCAAACACUCUAAUAAAACCUCUCAGAAAGUGAUAAACAUCUUCACCUCCCUGCUCACAAUGCAAAGUGAGUCUUUCAGAAGAUGAACUUGAGUUCAGAGUCUCCCUGGCAGCUGGCAGUGCGGGAAGGUGAAGUGUUUACCUCCAGAAUCCAGCUGAGGAGAUAUAAUAGUAAAUUAGGGAGAAAAAGGCAGUUUUGCCAAUGGCUCAUUAAGAAAAAUGCUUGCCCACAAAAUCAUUACCCUAUGCUAGCAGGCAGGAGUGAGUGUGAAGCAAUAGGAAAUCCAACCCUAAAUCUCUUUCCCAUGUGCUGAGCCAAAGAACAUUCUGAGCUUAUUGCAAAGUUUCUAUUCCUGUUCCUGAUGAUACUAAAGAAAAAAAAAUCCCUUUGGCUUCCAGAAAGAAAAGUGAAAAAUAGUCAUGCUGAAGCAGAAAAUGCUGAAGAAGAUUCACAGAAUGAGCAUUAACCCUUUUUAAUUGCAGAUGUGGGUGUCUGCAGGGAACAGGUUUCCAGCAGAGUGUUCAGAUAUCUCUCUGAGCACCCAACAGCACUGUCAUGACAUCGAGGACUUUCAUUCCAAUU